UCACAGGGGAACUCAGCAGUUUCAUUCAACUUAGACAUUUUUUAUAACUGAAACACGUAAAAUUGAUCAACGUCUUUGGAGAAAGAGGAUCAAGGGUCUUUGAUAAGAAGAGUCACAGUUUCAUUGCUUUAUUAAGUGCUAUAGAGGGAAAAUGGCCGCACUGACCACCAGAAUUAUCAAGGAGACGCAGCGCCUUCUGGAGGAUCCAGUUCCCGGGAUUAGCGCCAUGCCGGAUGAGAGUAAUGCGCGUUACUUCCAUGUCCUCGUCACUGGCCCCCACGAUUCCCCUUUCGAGGGCGGUGUUUUCAAAUUGGAAUUGUUCUUACCCGAAGACUAUCCCAUGAAAGCGCCAAAGGUUCGCUUCUUGACAAAGAUUUUCCACCCGAACAUCGACAGUUUGGGCCGCAUUUGUCUGGACAUCCUGAAGGAAAAAUGGAGUCCUGCUCUGCAAAUUCGCACCGUUCUUCUUUCGAUCCAGGCCCUCCUGAGUGCCCCAAAUCCAGAUGAUCCACUUGUCAACGACGUUGCGGAAUUGUGGAAGGACAACGAGGCGAGGGCCUUGCAACUCGCUAGGGAAUGGACUUUGAAGCAUGCAAUGGGAUGCUAGUUUCCCCCAAUUAAAAGUAGGCAUUCUUUUGCCCUAA